AUGGAAGGGGAGGAUAGUUUUGUGGCUCUGGUUCACUGCUCUGGAAAAAUUCAAAAGAGCAAAAGACAUGGUGUAAAAUUCACAGAUAGAGAACCGUUUAGUAUUUUUAUCCGAUCGUCGAAUACGUUGGCAGAGAUUAAGCUAAGCAUAUUACGGAAGUUCGGUACCUGUGGGACGAAGUGGGUCUUGUUUCACCGCAGGCGUAGUUUUCCGGAGGUGAGGAUACCUGAGCUGCUUGCGAAGUUGGAAGAUGAUGUGGAUAGCUCUAGGACAUCGGCACCGAAUCCUCAGUCGACCACAGCCGGUGGUGCAUCGACAUCGAUGCCUGUGAUAGCAGCGGCAGUUCCGAUUCCUGAGCCCGAACAUGCUGGGGCUGUUCAUGCAUAUGUUGCUCCUGUUGUGCCUGAUUUUGAAUGUGAUGCCGGACCGGAUCGAGUUGAGAAUGCACUGUGUGACGAUGAUUCGGAUGAGGAGCCUGUCGAUAUUGGUGGGGACAGUGAUGAUGAUAUUCCAAGAGGUACAUGUUCAACCCAUGGAGGUUUCGGUUCUGGAACACAAGAGUACCCUCCCCACCUCUCUUCUUUGAACUUGGAAGCCAUCGGCCAACACCAGAAUGUAGAUGCAACAUUCGAUGGGCAGGGGAUGCAUGAUGGGACACCUCUGACUGAAUUUCAGAUUGGCCAAUCGUUCCAGAGUAAAGAGGAAGCCGUGUUGAGUGUAAAAAAUUACAGUAUUCGGCGUGGAGUUGAGUACAAGGUAAUGGAGUCCGACAAUCUGAAAUAUCAAGGGAGAUGCAAGGAGUUUGGUAACGGGUGCAGGUGGUUGAUUCGGAUAGUCAUGCGGAAAAGGAAGAGCACAUGGGAAGUUAGGAGGUACAACGGUCCGCACACGUGUAUGGCCACAUCGAUAUCAAGCGACCACAAGCAACUUGAUUAUCAUGUCAUCUGUGCGAGAAUCUUUCCAUUGGUUAGAGCUGAUGCGUCGGUGUUGAUUAAGGUGUUGCAAGAGGCAACGGAGGCGACAUAUGGAUUCAGGCCUAGUUAUCGGAAGGUGUGGUUGGCGAAGUAG